CUGUCCCCGCCCUACUACUGACCGCCCCAAAGACUCCAUGGGCUGAGUCAGCCAAAUCCCAGCCCCUUCCCUUGGGCCUGCCGUGGUGCUGGACAUCAGUGACAGACGGAAGCAGCAGACCAUCGAGGCCACAGGAGGCCCGGGGCGCUCGGGAAGAUGAAGUUUGGCUGCCUCUCCUUCCGGCAGCCUUAUGCUGGCUUUGUCUUAAAUGGAGUCAAGACUGUGGAGACGCGCUGGCGUCCCCUGCUGAGCAGCCAGCGGAACUGUACCAUCGCCAUCCACAUUGCUCACAGGGACUGGGAAGGCGAUGCCUGGCGGGAGCUGCUGGUGGAGAGGUUCGGGAUGACUCCUGCUCAGAUUCAGGCCUUGCUCAGGGAAGGGGAAAAGUUUGGUCGAGGAGUGGUAGCGGGACUCGUUGACAUUGGGGAAACUUUGCAAUGCCCCGAAGACUUAACUCCUGAUGAGGUUGUGGAACUAGAAAAUCAAGCUGUACUGACCAACCUGAAGCAGAAGUACCUGACUGUGAUUUCAAACCCCAGGUGGUUACUGGAGCCCAUACCUAGGAAAGGAGGCAAGGAUGUAUUCCAGGCUCAUAGUUGGAAGAAACGUGCCUUGAGUCUCAGAUUUUGGAAUUUUGAGUUGAUGCUGAAAUGAGUUGAGACUUUUGGG